AGCUAUUCUCCACUGUGAAAACGGGUCAUAUUCACUUCAGCGGAAGGUGCAAUAACCUAACGGUUGGCGCAAUUUUUGCCUGCGCCAGACGACGUCAAAGAGAGUGCUGUGCCGCUGAAAGCAUUGCACAAAACGUCAGAGCUCCCCCGACCUCAAGGACUGUGGUCUUCAGCUUGCUGCCAUCCUGCAAAAUACCUCGCAGUGCAAACGUCAAUAUAGAUUACGACCUACUAAACCCGAAAACCUAGCACAUACUUCGCGCAAACAACAUACGAACUGAAAACCUAUGUCGCACCUGGGUGCGAAGGGGUCCAAGGCCCUCCUCAGCAAUCUUGGAGCACCGGGGCGAUCGGCGGCAACCCGAAGAUGCAGUGCCGCGCUUUCCACCGCGCCCGGCGUGCGCUACUCUUCAACCGACCAAAAAAGCCACAGCUUCAAAGGGCAGAUGAUGGAGAGCAUCCAGCAGCGUCUAGCCAGGGAAAAAGCUGAUAGAGAGCGUAUCGAGAGGGAGCGCCAGGAGUCGGCCGGCUCCAAGUUUAUUGCCCAGACCUUCAUGUUCCUCUUUAUCGGCGCGUCUGCCUAUUACUUGGGCACUAAGGUCCCACAACCCCCCAGCACGGCCUCGACCCUCCCGCUUUCCGCCACACAACCUCUCAAGGAAGUCAAGGCUUCAGAGCUGCAGGCCGCAUGGGCGGACCUGGUCGCCAUAGUCGGCAAUGAGAACGUCAGCACCAGCGACACGGAUCUGGAUGGCCACUCGGGCUCGACAUGGUCCUCGCACCCGCACCGGCCCGAGGACCGCCCAUUCUGCGUCGUGUGGCCACGAAGCACCGACGAGGUCUCCAAGAUCAUGAAGACGCUGCACGAGCGCCGCAUCCCAGUGACGGGCUACAGUGGUGGGACAUCGCUCGAGGGCCAUUUUGCGCCCACUCGCGGCGGCGUCGUUAUCGAUUUCGGCAAGAUGGCCCGCGUCCUGGCCAUCAACGACAAGGACCUUGAUGCCGUCGUGCAGCCCGGGCUUGGGUGGGAGGCGCUCAACGACGCUCUCUCGUCGCACGGGCUGUUCUUCCCACCUGAUCCCGGCCCAGGCGCCAUGAUUGGCGGCAUGAUCGGCACGGGAUGCAGUGGCACGAACGCGUACCGCUAUGGCACCAUGAAGGAUUGGGUCAUCUCGCUUACGGUUGUCUUGGCCGAUGGAACAGUAGUCAAGACGCGGCAGCGGCCCAGGAAGAGCUCCGCCGGCUACGACUUAACACGCCUGUUUGUCGGCUCAGAAGGCACCCUGGGUUUGGUCACUGAGGCGACGCUCAAACUCGCAGUUCGUCCCGCGUCGACGUCGGUGGCUGUCAGCACUUUCCCCUCUGUUCGCGCUGCGGCCGACUGCGUGGCCGCCGUGGUUGGUGCCGGCAUCCAGGUCGCUGCUGUCGAGCUCCUGGACGACGCCCAGAUGAAGUGCAUCAACGAUGCUGGCAUGACGACUCGGUCGUGGAAGGAAGCCCCGACCAUCUUCUUCAAGUUCGCCGGAACGCAGGGCGGUGUGAAGGAGCAGGUGUCGCUUGUGCAAAAGCUGGCCAAGGGCAACAGCGCAACUUCGUUCGACUUUGCCAAGAACGAGGACGAGCAGCACGAGCUCUGGAGCGCAAGGAAGGAGGCGCUCUGGAGCACCAUGGCGGUCAAGAAGGAGGGCGAGCACGUCUGGACCAGCGACGUGGCCGUCCCCAUCUCGAGGCUUCCGGACAUCAUCGAAGAGACCAAGGCGGACAUGAAGCGGAGCGGGCUGUUUGGGACCAUCGUGGGCCAUGUGGGCGACGGCAACUUCCACACGAUCCUGGUCUACUCUGAUGCUCAGAGGAAGGAUGCGGUCGAUUUUGAGCACAGGAUGGUGAAACGGGCGAUCGAGAUGGAGGGGACCGUAACAGGCGAACACGGAAUCGGCCUCGUCAAACGGGACUACCUCGCCCAUGAGCUGGACGAGAACACGGUUGACCUGAUGCGCAAGAUGAAGACUGCAUUUGACCCCUUGUGCCUACUCAACUGCGACAAGGUUGUCCGCAUGCAGAAGCCGCGGCCGGGUGAGGUCGAUGAGUGGUAGGCCAGUAAGCAUCGUCAAGAUUUGUGUGAUAGGUACCUACCUACCUAGCUCACUGUGUUGUAUAUUAUCUUGUCAAAAGCUCGUUACGACAACAAGCGCGCUCAAAGACGUGGUGUUUGUAUUGAUCCCCUCCAUCAUGAUUAUAAGCUUCUCUUAAUGGAAAACCACUCUGUUCUGUCUGACUAGAACACAUGCCUCUCCAAUACGAUAUUGGUGACUCGCCAAACAUUACUGUCUGUUGAAUUACACCUUGAAGGAAGCUCUCGUGUGCAUUCUUACAGUGCACGUAAUAUGAAACCGUAUAUAACAGUGUAUUGUAUUCUAUAAAACCAAUAUUAGAUAAGACAGCAGGUUCCCAGUGCCAUGUGAUACCAGAUAGUACAAUUCUAUAAAUGUUGG